UACACAUACGAACGCAAUUGGCGCGCGCGCGCGCGCGUGCGACGCUCGUACGGAUCGAGGCUCGCGAGAAGGAGCGAGAGCGAGGGAUUUUCCUUUUCUUUUUUCUUCUAACGCGAAAGCGCGCGCGCGCACUCAUAUACACGGUCCCGCGUGCGUUUCCUGGUGCGCGGCCCAGUCGUGCUCCCAGUCAAGCCCAGUCAAGCCAGCUAAAGCCAGCCUGGGCGAGCUUGGUCUCGUGUUUUGUUUCUCGCGCGUGCGAGCGUGUCGACAGUACAAUGUUUCGAGCAUCGCGCGCUUCGUGAGAGAAUCCGAGAGCCUUCGCCAUCUCCCUCAUUCUUUACUGGACGCGGAGGUAAGAAGAGGAAGAAGAAGUAGAAGCAGGGUAAUCAAGGAAGCGAGCGGGAAACGAAAAUUUUCCAACUCUCUCCCUCUCUCUCUCUCUUUUUCUCCCCCUCCUCCAACUCCCUUUCCCCGUGACAAUCCGACGGGUCCACAAGCGUGAGAGAUAGAAGUACAAUCGGAGGACAUCUUCCUCCUUCUCGACUGCAACCCCCCCCUCCUCCCAUCCGCCUUGUGAAUUGCGCGCGAACGGCAUCGCAGGAUGGCAUCGUCCACGGUGGCUGUUCCAUCGGGAGCUGCCUCGGUGCCGACGGUGACGAACGGCAGUGGCAGCGGUGGCGGCGGCAGCAGCGGUGGUGGUGGUGGUAGCAGCAGCAGUGACAGCAGUAGCAACGGUGGCAUCGUCGUCGCGACUGGCACCGAGGAGAUCGACGGCGGCGAUAUAUUUGGCGAACGGAGUAACGUCAACUCCGUUGGUGGCUACAACAACAGCGGAAACCCCGGUGAUGCCCUGGAGGAGAUGGCGUGUGGCAACGGAGAGGCUAAUAAUCAGGGCUGUGCCCUGUGUAUGAGCAAGCUGUGCUCCCCUAGAGUACUCUCCUGCCUGCACGUGUUUUGUGAAGCAUGCCUGGACAAGCUGCUCAUGGACGAAGCUGGGGAUUCCAAGGUGGGCUCCGUUAUAAGCUGCCCUGUAUGCCAUCAAGAGACUUCCGUUAGUUCUAAGGGCGCCGCGUCGCUCACAUGUGACUAUGUUCUCACCAAUAUAUUGGAUAUGUCCGCUAUCGAGAACAUGGCAGUACUAUGUACCUCCUGCAAGGCCAAAGAGAGCGCCGUGGCACGUUGCUCGGAUUGCGCCAAUUUCCUGUGCCCAAAUUGCAACACGGCGCAUCAAUUCAUGCGCUGCUUCGAGCAUCAUAAAGUAGUUGCCUUUGAAGAUUUGAAGCAAUCCAACGAAGCUAUCCCAAUACACAAGCCAAUCUUUUGCGAAUGUCAUCCUGCUGAGAAUAUGAAGUUUUACUGUCAUACAUGCCAGGAACCUAUUUGCAAUGAGUGUUUGCUUGUGGAACACAAAGCACCAGAGCAUCAAUAUGAACGACUGACAGAUGCAGAACCACGACAAAAAGAAGAAAUAAUUAACCUGAUGACUGAAAGCAAAACAAAAAUUACUGAAUGUGAUCAGGUUACAGUACAACUGGAAAAUGCACUUAGUGAGCUGCAAGUACAACACGAUCAAGCAAAAGAUUUAAUUAUGGAAACUUUUCAAAGUUACAAGGCCAUACUAGAGAAAUGUAAAGACAAUGCUUUAAGUGAACUCGAAAAAUUGCAUUCAAACAGAGAACUUGAAAUUAUGGAUGCUUUUCAUAGUGUUGAAAAGACUGCAGAAAAAAUAGAAGACGCUUGUCAUUUUACCUCAAGAUUGUUAGAACAUGGCGAUGCAGUGGAAAUCUUAGCACUUCGGCGUAUUGUAGGAGCACAGUUGAUGAACUUAAUAAAAAAUACACCAAAACAUAAUGUAACAUUCUCUAUUGAAUUUCAAACCGACUAUAAUCAAUUUGAGAAAACUGUAAAGGAAGUGUUUGGAAAAUUUCAUACUGAAAGUACACUAGAAGUGAAACCUCGUCCUGAACCAAUCUCAACAGUAUCGGGUGUCUCUACAAAUCAGCAAAUAGUUCAUACCACUUCAAUGGGUUGUCCAAGUUCUAUCAGCACAAGUUCUCCCAUUUCACUUCCCACAUCUAUGCAAUCCUCUUUUGAAGGUGAACCUUCAUUCAUUAUUCCACCGACUUCAAGUCCUCAAAAUAUCCCACCUCCUCCACCACCUGUACCUCUUCCACCAGGUUCGGUUCCUAUUCAUGGAUUCACUAGCAUUCAAGAAUAUAAUCUACAACAGCUGGCCAGUUUAGCAGAGAAAGUAGAGAUGGUAGGCGAUACUGGUGUAGUUGGACCUAGCUCGAAUCCUAGUCCAACUCCGUCCUUUACUUUGGCAGAUUUAUUUGCUGGAGAUCUAAGUUCUACAAGCCAUGCCAUUAAUAAUCUACAAGCUCUUGCAAAAUUAGGAAAUACUCUUGGUAAUCAAGACCUAAUUCCAUACAUUUCCCGAUUUUCCCACAAAUUCACAGAUCUUGGAAAUACCACCAUUAAUGGUGGCGGUGGAUUAGUAUUGGGACGUGGACCUUCACCAGCCAUUGUAGAUGCCCCAAAUUUGGGUCCUUUGGCUGCCAAUAGUCUAUUAAAUGGAGGAUUUCAAUCAUUGUCCUCUUCCACUUCGCCGAUACUUUCACAGGGUGCUGAUGACUUAAUAGGUGAUUCUAUGCAUAAUAUGCCUGUAGUAGGAAAUACUGUUGCCAAUCAUGUAACCGGAUCAGGAACAGGGAAUUAUCCUGCUCAUCCAAGAACCCAGAAUACAAAAUUAACGCCUAUGCAUAUCCGAAGCAAAUUUGGACAAUUAGGUCCCAGUAAAGGGCAAUUUAAUUCGCCUCAUGGAUUUUGUCUGGGGACUGAUGAGGAUAUUAUCGUUGCAGACACAAAUAAUCAUAGAAUUCAGAUUUUUGAUAAGACUGGUACCUUCAAAUUUCAAUUUGGUGUUCCUGGUAAAGAAGAGGGACAAUUAUGGUAUCCUAGGAAAGUAGCCGUUAUGAGAAAUAAUGGCAAAUUUGUUGUAUGCGAUCGUGGAAAUGAACGAUCUCGAAUGCAGAUAUUUACAAAGAAUGGCCACUUUAUAAAGAAGAUCGCUAUUCGUUACAUCGAUAUCGUAGCUGGCCUAGCUGUUACCAGUCAAGGUCAUAUUGUGGCUGUUGACAGUGUGUCGCCAACUGUGUUCGUAAUCAGUGAUACAGGAGAUCUUUUGAGGUGGUUUGAUUGUAGUGACUAUAUGAGAGAACCAAGUGAUAUUGCUAUCAGUGGCAAAGAAUAUUUUGUUUGCGACUUUAAAGGACAUUGUGUUGUGGUGUUCAACGAAGAGGGUAAAUUCCUGCGUCGCAUUGGCUGUGAGAAUGUAACAAACUUCCCGAACGGGAUUGAUAUUAGUGAUGCAGGAGAUGUAUUAAUUGGGGAUUCACAUGGUAAUCGUUUCCAUGUAGCUGUCUUCUCCAGAGCGGGCUCUUUAAUAUCAGAAUUUGAAUGUCCAUAUGUGAAGGUGUCUCGAUGUUGUGGAUUGAAAAUAACUUCGGAAGGGUAUAUUGUAACACUGGCCAAAAACAACCACCAUGUCCUUGUAUUAAACACUCUUUAUAUAUUGUGAAGUGGCAUCAGAUGAGUAAGUAUGUUAUAACUUCCUUCUGCAAAUGGAAACUUCUUUGGAAACUCCUCUCAACGAAAGAUGGAAAAGGCAUGCCCAAGGCAUUACGUUCGAAUAUUGGGCCUAUCGAAGCAAUAGAAACAAGUGCAGCAUGCAGCUUUAAUAGUUGUAAAAAUAUAAUGCGUCCCCGUUUUAUGAAAGUAACAAUGUUGAAAACAAAAAAAAAAGCAGAAAGGUAAUGUACGUCUCCGACCAAACAGUAUAAUAGUAACUUAGCAAUUUGCAUUUUGGUAAACUGCCAAAGUAAAUUAAAUUAACUAAGUGGAACCAGUUAUAAAGAGAGAAGCAGUUAGCUAUAUCAACCAAUAAGCAACCAACCAACGAGUUGGAUCGCUUGUAGUAGAGAAAGCAAUUUAUAAUGGCCUUCCGUCAAAAUUGGUUGUUGUACAUCAUUUUUGACAUGUCAGUAUUUUAAGUAUGUUUAUAAAUCAAAUUAUUCUAGUCUCCGACGAGCACUUUCUAUACACUGGUUUCGAUUCGUGCUCGGAAUAAGACGUUCUCGUCCUGAUUUUUUAUUAAUCAAGGAUGUUUGUCUUCUUAGUCCUAACUGAUGCUUCAAGAGAGAUGCAUAUAAAUGCACAGAUUACGUUUAAAAAGUUUUCCUUUAAGAGCUUCUAAGUAACUAAUAAACUCAGCAGGAUAAAUUUCACGAUGAAAGGAUCAAAAUUUUUCGCUUAACAGAAAAAAGGAAAAAAAAGAACGUUGCAUGCUGCGAGGUAGUUGGUAGUACUUCCUGCUCUUAUCAUAUCGUAUUUCUAAAGAAGAGAAUGAAACAAUACUCCUCACUGCAGCAGGCACGAAGCUUAAUAAGAGCUAUGUUCCUGAUUUCUUUCUGCGCGUUUGAAAAUGAUAGUUGAGAACAUAAUAUAAAAACAACGUUAAUGUGCAAGGAAUAGAUUAUGGUAUGUUGAAAAUCAAACAUUUAAUAUCUUAUAUAAAAAGUGUCCUACAGAAAAGAUACUUUGAGCGUAUUAAAAAAAAAUGAAAUAAUUAUUUACACUUACGAGACAAACGAGUAGAUCCCAUUUGUGCAUUGUUAAAAUUAGACGAGACACAUAAUGGUUACAAUAUUUACUCAGGAUGCUUUAUUAUGGUCCAUCAUAUGAAUACGACGUAUAUGCGUGUGUGAAUUAUUGGUUCGUGGUGCUAGUGAAUAAUGUAUCCAUACCAUGUAAAUGUAUUUGUUAUAAAAUUACAGAAAUCGUUCCCGCGCAUUUUUUACAAUGCAGGGGAACGAUUUUGUGUAAUAUAUUAUAUAAGAUUCGUAAGUACAUAAUAUAUACCACCGGUAUAUCAUAUAGGGACGAUACUUUAUCUAUGUAAAAAAAAAAGGAAAUAACGUACAGUUUGCUAAACAACCUCUAUUUAUGUAUAUAUUAACAUAAUACAUGAAAAAGAAAAAACCACAUAAGACACAUACAUAUAUAGAAAUACACAUAUUUUUUAGGGUUGUUUACAUGAUCAGCCUUAAGAUUUGAUUGAACUAAAAUGCAAUGUGUAUACAACAUAUACAUCGGAUAUUUGGCAGAUUGCUACACUGUGUUACCUUACAUUAUCUACAAUAACGUUUAAUUAUAAAUACUAUCUUGCCAUACCAAAUGCUAGGUAGCACAUCCAUAUAUACAUAUAAUUAUAUAUAUAUACAUACAUAUAUAUAUAUAUUUAUACUUGACUAGCUUUAUCAAAUUCGUUUGCAUACAGGAAAUUAUAUCGAUAAUGUCUGGUUUCAUUACUCGUGUGAAGCAAAUGAUAAAAAUUUAGACAAACGAGAAACAAAAAAGGGCAGUACUAGGAGGCUAUUUUAAAGUUCGCGCAUAACAUCGGCAUUUGUAGUAAAUUGCACGAAGCCUACAUACAUACACCUAAGCUAAUCAGUCGUACUCAUCUCUCGUGUAACGUUAGAAGUUUUAAUUUUAUAUAUAAAAAGAAAAAAGAAA